UAUAGAGGCCAGUACCACCCCAUGCCCCUCUGGCCGUCACAGAACUGACUUAGUCAAACCUCAGGUGACUUAUGAGCCACAGAUGUGCUGCAAAUAUGUUAUGAUUUGACAUUGUUUGAUAAUGGCACGUUCCCUCUCUUUGUCUAUCUCUUGCUAUAGGAACAGAAAAGAGGAACCAGAAUGAAGCUUCACCCCUGUCAGCAUUGUGACAAGGACUUCUCAAAAUCACAGUCUUUAAAGCGUCAUCAACGCAUUCACACUGGAGAGAAGCCGUACAGCUGUGACCAGUGUGGCUCAGUAUUUACACAGUUGGGGAAUCUAAAAGUCCAUCGGCGUAUUCACACUGGGGAGAAGCCGUACAGCUGUGACCAAUGUGGCUCAGGUUUUAGACAUUUGGGGAGUCUAAAAAUCCAUCAGCGUAUUCACACUGGAGAGAAGCCGUACAGCUGUGACCAAUGUGGGUCAGCUUUUCGAAGGUUGGAGCAUCUAAAGGUCCAUCAGCAUAUUCACACUGGAGAGAAGCCGUACAGCUGUGACCAAUGUGGCUCAAGUUUUAGACAGUUGGGGAAUCUAAAAGUCCAUCAGCGUAUUCACACUGGAGAGAAGCCGUACAGCUGUGACCAGUGUGGCUCAGCUUUUAGAGAACUGGGGGAUCUAAAGUCCCAUCAGCGUAUUCACACUGGAGUGAAGCCGUACACCUGUGACCAAUGUGGGUCAGCUUUUCGAAGGUUGGAGCAUCUAAAGGUCCACCAACAUAUUCACACUGGAGAGAAGCCGUUUUGGUGUAACCAAUGUGGCUCACGUUUUAGACGGUUGGGGAAUCUAAAAGUCCAUCAGCGUAUUCACACUGGAGAGAAGCCGUACAGCUGUGACCACUGUGGGUCAGCUUUUAGAGAUUUGGGGAGUCUAAAGUACCAUCAACGUUAUCACACUGGAGAGAAGCCGUUUUGGUGUGAACAGUGUGAGAAAACAUUCAUUACAUCAAGUGGACUAAAAGUCCAUCAACGUAUUCACACAAGGGCAAACAUUUAAGUCUGGGCCCAGUGUCAGUGUGUCUACAUCAUGUAAUCUACAAACCCACCACUGCAUGUUUCAGAGCUUUGAACAGAGCAUGUGCCCAGAUCUGAAACUGUAGAAGUCAUAUUUUGACUUUGAGGGUCUUCAUGAUGAUUAUUGGGGCAAAGUGUUUGGAAUCUAUCCCUGACUGCUUUUAAUAGAAAUUUUAAGACUUAUUUUAUAUACACCUUAGACUGUUA